AUGUCACAUUUGGAGAAAGAUUCAAAGAUAAUUUUAGUUGGUGCUGGUGUUUUUGGAUUAUCAAAUGCCCUUCAUUUAGCUCAAAAUGGAUACACAAAUAUAACUGUUUUCGAUAGAUUAGAUUUUAAUUCAAAUCAUUAUACAUUUCUUGAAGGUGCUGAUACUGCAUCUGGUGAUUUAAACAAGAUUUUCAGAUCAAGAUAUGAAGAUAAAAAACAUUACCAAGAUUUAGCAUUUAAAGCAUUUGAUAUUUGGCAAAAAUGGAAUCGUGAAUUACCAUUAGUACCUCAAAAUGAAGCUGAAAAAUAUACAGGAUUGAAAAUAUUUGAUCAUUGUGGUAUGUUAUUAUUAGAUGAUGUUAUAAGUGAAGGACGGAAAAAAUCUGGUGAAAGUUUUGCUAAAGAAGGAUUAGAUGUUUUAAUUUAUGAUAUAAAUAAAGAAGUUGAUAUUAAGAGAGCAAAUUUUUCAGGGUUUGGUAAUAAGAUUAAAUUUGCUACAGAUUUGAAAGAAAAAAUCCCAGAUCUAAAAGGUAGUUUAGAUGUUACUUCAGGUAUGCUUUAUGCUUCAAGAGGUUGUCAAUAUGCUAAAUAUCAAGCUGAGAAAUUAGGUGUUAAAUUCAUUCUUGGUGGUGAAAAGGGAACUUUUAAAGAUUACAUUUAUAAAGAUGAAACUCAAAAGGAAGUUGGAGGUAUAAUAACUCAAGAUGGUCAAAAUCACAUUGCUGAUCUUGUUGUAAUUAAUUCUGGUCCUUGGUCAACUUCUUUAGUCCCUGAAUUAGAUGGUAUAAAUGAAGCUACAAGUGGUAAUGUUGUCAUAAUAAAAAUUCCAAAAGACCGUAAAGAUCUUUUAGAAAAAUAUUCUUCAAAAAAUCAUCCAAUUAUUGGUUGGAAAGUUGGUCAUGAUAGAGAAAAAAGUUAUCAAGGUGGUAUUAUGAUUUUCCCAGUUACAGAACCUGAAGGUAUAAUGAAAAUGUUUGUUAGACAAACCAAAUAUACUAAUCCAAUUGUUACCGAGAAUGGUCAGGUCAUAUCAAUACCUAAAACUUCAAAUAGUGAUCCACCUUUUCAGUACUUAACUAGACAUAUUAUAGAUCAAGUUAAAAGCUGGUUACAAGAUUUCUUCCCAGAUUUAGUCCAGGCUGGUAUUGAAUUAGAAACUAAAAUUAUUUGGUAUACUGAUACAAUCAAUAAUGAUUAUAUUUAUGAUUUUGUUCCAGGUAAAAAUGGAUUAUUUGUUGCCUGUGGUGGAUCUGGUCAUGCUUUCAAGAUGCUUCCAGUACUUGGUCAAUUUUUAGUUGAUAAAAUUGAAGGUCGUUCAAAUAUUUAUACUGAAACCUUCAAAUGGAAGGAUCCACAAGAUUUCCCCAAAGAUGUUAAUGGUUUGAAAGAGAAAUUGAAAAGUGAAAGACAAUAUGAUAAACAGGUCUUAUCAGGACCUGAAGAUAUGAAAUUUUGA